CUCAGGACUGUGAAUGCACGCGCACGGCGAAUUCUCUCAUUUCCGGGGGCGUAACACACAAAAGCGAGGCCAGGCAAUGUUAAUGGCGCCAGUCGAUCAAUUCGUGCCGUCGACGGCAAUGGCAAUGUUAAUGGCGCCAAUCGAUCAAGGAGAGAGACGCGAAAGGCGGGAAAGGCCAACGAACUGACCGACCGACCGACAGCCGAGAGCCUCUACUUCGACGUGCUCGUGAUUGCCGCAAUAGUGGAUCGGAAAGGAGGGCGAUAUAAUAAGGAGGGCGAUAUGUUCACACAAUAGGCAUUCAUCCACUUGCUAUUCUUUUGCCCAUUCACUAUCUAGUAGUCCUUAGCUGGGCGCGGUACUCCUUGCAUCCCCUACGCACAGCGAGCAUCGUCGUCAAUUCGUGUUGGGCGGUUUAUUUACGGUCACGCCCACAUGGUUAGGAGGCGAUUAGUUUUGGCGCCAAUUCACACGACGCAUUCACUUGUCCGGUGCUUCCAAUUUUUUGACUUCCCGCUGUUGCCCGCGUACCCCCUCCCUCCCCCCCCCACACCACACACACACACACAAACGCAUGAGGCGAUUAGUUCUGGCGCCAAUUCACAUGAUUUGUGGAUGGAAUGGGAGAGAGAAUUCGUUUUUUUUUCAAUAAACACAUACACACACACACACACACACACACACACACACAAAUCACCCCCCCCUCCUCCCCGCCCGCGCACACACACACACACUCCUGAAGAGGCGGUGAAAGCGCACAGUCAUGCGUUUUAUGUCGAGUUGUGUAUAGCGAACAUGGCAACAGACACAUACACACAGAUCACAGGAAGCCCAGAGCAGGAGUACACACACUAAAUCCAAGGGGAAUGACCAAGCCAGUCGGAGGAGGCAGCCGCUUACGGGGAGAAGGAACGGCGGGAAGACAGGCGGACGCAUAUAGCACACGACAUGAGAGCGAACGGAACGAAGUUGUGGGAAACACGUGUAACGGUUGUCGAUCGGUUGGAGGUCGAUUAAGCUGUGUUGUGAUUGCGAAAAUCAGAGCUGCGGAGCGGACGGGAGGAGGGCGGGCGGGUGGAUUGCGGGCGAGGUAGGUGCGGGGAGUGUACCGAGCGCGCGCGCGCGCGCGCGAGGGGAAAUGCUUCGUCAUGGUGUGGCACGUUUGGGAGCGUGCGGGAGAGCGGCGCGCCUCCCCGCGCGAGCAUCGCAGGACGGCGCAAGCAAUCUGCUCGCGGGAAUGCUGCGAAUAUCUAUCUGCUCGCGGAGCGGAGCAGCGCUGGCGCUGGGUUACUCGGCGCAAGCAGGUGACCAUGGCGGGAAGUUAGCAGACGGGGCAGAGAGGAGCGUAUCUGAGGGGUCCGCCAUGUCCGCGAUGUCCGCCGCGGCGACGGCGGAGCACGUGCGCGGGGGUGGCGGAUUGGCAGCUCUUCGAGCGCGAUUGGCGGGGGGGGAGGUGCCCAGCCUUGGCGAUUUCGUGUCCGGCUCGACCACGAGUCCUCUCGGGUAUUCCGUCGAAGCAUUUUCGCACAAAAUGAGAAAGAGGAAACCUGAUUGGAUGAAAAUGGAAAUUCCAGGAGGGGAAAAUUACACUAGGAUCAAGGCGAAGUUGCGCGGAUUGAAACUGCAUACUGUCUGCGAAGAGGCCAAGUGCCCGAAUAUCGGAGAAUGUUGGGGUGGAGGGGAGACAGGGACAGCCACAGCAACCAUCAUGAUCUUGGGAGAUACGUGCACGAGAGCCUGUAGGUUCUGUGCUGUAAAGACAUCGCGAUCGCCACCUCCGCCAGACCCCGAAGAGCCUCGGAAUGUGGCAGAAGCAGUGGCAGCAUGGGGCCUUCACUAUAUCGUCUUGACAAGUGUAGAUCGGGAUGAUCUGCCCGAUCAGGGGAGUAGACACAUUGCGGAGACCGUUAGCAAUUUGAAGAAGAGGUGUCCUGAUUUGCUUGUGGAAGCUCUAGUUCCUGAUUUUCAGGGACGGCCGGAGUUUGUAGAAGAAGUGGCGAAGUCGGCGCCGGAUGUGUUUGCGCACAACAUCGAGACUGUCGAAGAGCUCCAGGGAGUCGUCAGAGACCGGCGGGCCAACUUUGCGCAGUCCCUUAAAGUGCUGACAAUGGCAAAAGAGAUGGCGCCCCCUGGCACGCUCACAAAGACGUCAAUCAUGCUUGGCUGUGGUGAAACUCCAGACCAGAUUGUCAGGUCAAUGGAGAAGGUGCGAGAGGCAGGCGUUGAUGUCAUGACGUUUGGACAGUACAUGCGCCCUACCAAGGGUCAUAUGCCAGUGUCGCAUUUCGUAACACCGGAAGCAUUUGACGGAUGGCAGAAGCUGGGUGAGGAAAUGGGUUUCCGCUACGUUGCUGCUGGUCCUUUGGUACGGUCGUCGUACAAAGCUGGGGAAUUCUACAUCAAGGCUAUGAUCGAGAAGGACAGGAUGUUGAAGAAUGCAGCUGCCUCUGUGCAUGCCCAACCCUAGUCAGGAUUCCGUUUUUAUUUCCGCCUUUGGCUCAUUAAAUGCUUCGCUCCACUCUUGUGACAUGUUUCGCCAAGUUCGGCAACGGCAUAGCUUCGAAAAAGACUUGCUUCAGAGUUUGUUGCAAGAAGGUGUCUCCGUCGGUCCGCCCUUUUUUUUGUUGUCACCAGUGUUCUCCAGUGGUCUUACCUGUAUAACCACCCAUAUGGUCAUCAACUUGUAUCGGAGAAGGAGGACAGAGUGCAGGGGUUGCUGUAUCGAUGAUGGUCAUCGGAUAUAUAAUAUGUAUCCUUGAUAACCGCCAUAUGGUAAUGGAUGGGAGGAUGAACUGCGCCAGGUGUAGACCCUCUGCUAGCUGUGAAUUUCUCUAUCUUGCAAGCAGAGGCUGGUAUAUUAAGAACAAUUAUUUUUGAAGAAUCAUGAUUGGUCUCAGACAUCAUGAUUGGUCUCAGACAAAAAGUGGAAAAAAAAAACAGAACGAUGAUUGGUUGUGGUUACGAGGCCUUGUGCACAUGGUGUGUGUACAUGUCGACAUGGUAUUCACAAGGCAUGCAGAGGCAGCUAAGAAAUGAAGUCAGUCCAAGGAAUGAACAUGUGGUUCAUUGCUUGUAUUAAAAAGGUUGGACUAGUCCAUAAGCAGUCGUGGAGUCUCACCGGAAAAAAACUCCCUCCUCUUAUCCUCAGCCGUGCCUCCCUCCCUCUUUCUCUUCACCUCUUUGUAAAAAGAGGGUAGAGGAACUACUACCUAAAGAGGUGUCCUGGAAAAAGUGGAACGGUGAAAGAGAGUGGAAGGGAGAGAGGGGUGGGCUGGGGUUCUGUGCAAAAGGGGCCAAUCUGGUGAAGGAGAAGACUCCGAUAGUUUUGUACAACUUUUGUGAUAAAUUGUGACUGUUGUA